AUGAAUGGAAUAUAUCCUACUGGUACUGUGCCAGACCCCAACCACGUAUUUGCUCUGCUAGCAGACUACACCGACUCGCUCGAUUCACUGCCGCUGGAUCUGACGAGAAAUUUUAGCGACUUGAGAGAGCUGGAUGCUGUAUUGAGGACGUCUAUCAAUGCUCUGACGGCCAAGGUAACAUCGCUCACCGCACUCCUACAAGAUCCCAAUGCGACACCCGCUUCCCGGCUAUUUCUCUUGCGCGAAAUUGCUGAUGCGGCUUCACAUCUCAAGAUGGGGGGCGAAGAUAAAAUUCGUGUGGCGGGUAUUGCCGCAGAGAAUCUUGCUAUCCACCAGACGCAUAUUCAUAGCGUUCUAAAAACUAUAUCCCUCGUGGCACCUCCAGCUCAGCACUGUCCGAACGGCUCCGAUUUUGAUCCUGCCACCCAUUCCCGGCGAACAACGUUCCCACAUGUGGCCCCAGCUCGUGAACAUGUUUCAGCACCAAGUCCUCAGAAGCGCCGACGUGUCGAUGGCAGAGUAGUCAACGGGUCCUCAUCGCAUGGUGCAACCAACGGCCGUGCACCUCCAAAGCGAAAAGGUCCAACGGCAGCCGUACGCCAGUUAUCUCCGCCCGAGAGCCUCCGCAGUUUUGGAGCAGGUGCUGGGUACUCUGCGCAUCAUGCCAAUGGCUUCUACGAAAACGGAUAUGGCCAUCAUAAUGGGCGUCACCACGAUGAUGAUGAUGGAACGGACGAUGAUGCUGGAGCUACACCUAGUAAUCAUAACUCUAAUGCCCGUGCCAAAAAAACCCCUCGUCGGACAAAUAAUGGAAACACACCUACAGGCGCAAACAAUCACCACAUCAAUGGCAAUUCUCGUGAAGGCACCAGCAGCCUAUUGGAUGUAGUGAUGCUUCGCCCAGAAGGCAGCGACGGAGAUGACGAAGGCGAAGGCGAGACAUCUCAUCCCAUGGGUUCCGGGCCGCUUGCCGACGAACAAGUCUAUUGCACUUGCAAGCGAGUCAGCUUUGGCGAGAUGAUUGCCUGUGAUAACGCCGAGUGCCCAUUCGAAUGGUUCCACCUAUCAUGUGUCGGGAUUACUAAGCCAUCCCCCAUGGAGAAAUGGUACUGCGAGCGAUGUCGUGAGGGCGCUACACAGGAUAGUAACAUUCAUUCUACGACAAAUGGUGCCAAAUCGGGUCGAGGUGGGCGUGGUCGCGGAAAGGGUACUGGUGGGGUUAAGCGGGGUCGGACCGUCAAGUGA